GAACUCUUCUUCCCCGGACUGGUUGUGGUGGGGCGAGGCUGCAGGUUGCGGGGCAGAGGAGGGGAGAAGCCGACCGCUCCGGUGCCGAGCCGCUACUCCGCCUUGUAGGAGGCGCGCGACGAACUUGCAACUAGCGAGGGCUCCCUCGGCGGAGAAGAAGCAGGAAAGAAACGCGAAGUAUCUCUCGCCUAGUAGAGCCGAGCCUGUGACCUUGCGCAGUGGAGGAGGAGAGUGGCCGAUUCCGAGAGAGCGAGGAGGCGGAGGAGGAAAGAAGCCGCGCGAGGAAGAGGAUCUGCUUUGCUGAAGGAUUCGUCCAGGAACAAAUCACAGAAAUGAUCCAGAAAGUUUAAUCCCCUCUACCUUUUUGUGAUGGAGUUGAAAGUCUGGGUAGAUGGAGUCCAACGGGUUGUAUGUGGCGUUUCAGAACAGACAACAUGUCAGGAAGUUGUCAUAGCAUUGGCACGGGCCAUUGGUCAAACAGGCCGCUAUGUUCUCAUUCAAAGACUACGUGAGAAGGAGAGACAGCUGCUCCCACAUGAAUGUCCUGUAGAGUUUCUAUCCAAAUGUGGCCAAUAUGCCCAGGAUGUGCAAUUUAUAUUGCAGCGUACCGGCCCCAGCCUCAUAGAGAGGCCUUCUUCAGACAAUGCCCCCCAGAUACCCGAGAGGACGUUUGUCAGGGCUAGCUUGCCUAUUAAACCUAGACCACUCAGUACAGAAGUACCUAGAACCAGGCAACCCAAAAAAUCUUUAACUUUCAACUUGGGUCCCGGGAGUUCAGGUGAUGCCUGUGCCAAAAACAAGCUGAGACAGCCCAGAAAGGACCCAACGUGUGUUAGAGAUGGAGCCAGAGGGGGGUUACUUUCCAAAGAGGAGCUAUUCAAGACUGUCCUAUACCAGCAGGAGCAUCUCUACACCUUGGAGAUGCAAGGUGAUGCCUUGGAAAUGGACAUCAGGCAUUGGGAAUCCAGCCAAGGCUCUUAUCAGGAGGAUGAGAUUUUGCGGCUAGAGCAGCUGGUCCACCAAAAUGAGAGCCAGCUGAGUGAGGAAGAAUUUUGGCAGAAUGAACUACAGUCAGAAAAGGAGCAUGAAAGGGAGCGGCGGGAGAAAGUGCACAGCCUGAGGGCCACAAUGGAGGAGUACACCAAAAAAAUCCAUGAGCUUAUGGUAAAAACAGAGACCUUGGAAAGAGAAAUCCAGUGGGAAAUUGCUGAGAGAGGCAAGAAGACCAAGGAAACUUCUACCCAGAAUCCUACUGAGUUAGUGGGGAUGGCAGCUAAAAUAAAGAGAGACCUGGAAUCCAAGGCCAAGCAAACCGCCCAGCUGGAAAGCAGCCUGGAUACCGUGGGGAGGGCCUUGGAGGAAGCAGAGUACAAUCUGCAGGCCCAGAACCAAGAGCUGGAGGAAUUGAAUAAGGAACUCAGGCAAUGUAAUUUACAACAAUUCAUCCAGCAGACAGGAGCCAUGGUGACUACUCCACAGGCCAGAUCAGAGGCAGAAUCGCAGCUGGAUCAAAUUAGCCAAGAGUUGCCAACUCACCAGAGAAAUGGAGAUUUGUUGGAACUCAGCAGAAACUCACCUCCCGGACCUACAGCCAAGCAUUUCUUCGGCAAUCCACAGAAGCUCCAGAGUCCCCUGGUGUCCAGCUUGAACCCCGAGGUUGUAUCGGCAAAGCAGAGCAUCUGGAGGUAAAAAGGCCAGCCAAGAAGGACUGAUAGUUUUGCAAAUAUAACAGAUAUACAGAUAAAAACUCUUAAUUACAUAUGUAUAUUCUCCUUCUUAGAUGGAUAUAGAUGGUUGUGCAGAAUAUUUUUACAGGCUUUUUUUUAAGUAAAAAGGAUAUUUGGAGGAAGCAGACUGUAUUUUUUUUAAACGUGCCUGUUAUAAUUUGAAAAAUUAUAAAUGAAAAAACUGGAACAGUUUUGAUGAAAAUGUAUGUAAGACUCCAUUCUAUAGAGUAUAGACGAUGCUUUGGACUGAAUAGCCAUUGCCUUUAGAGGGCUAUGAGCUGUGCUGGAGAACUGUUCAAGGCAGAGAACAGCAAAAUCUCUAGAUCCAUUCAGCUGCCCAACAAAAGAGGUGUGUAUUACCAACCAGAUUUCUUUACUAAACUCUAUCGAUGCACUGGAGCAUUUCUUAUUGUUUAUUGGAUGAUGAUCUUUUUGUUGGAUAAUGAUUAUAUUUCGUAAAGUAAGUGGGUUUUUUUUUAAUUUGAUAAGAGAGAAAUUAUUCUAUUCCUGAUAAGAAUAUAAAAACAAGGAAUACUACUCUGGGACAGAAGUUUUUGUGACCAUCCAUAGAUGCCUUUUAUGGUGUGGUUGAUCCUGAGUCAGUCUUUUAUUUAAAAAAUCCUUCAGAUCUGAUAAAAGAUGGGAUUGAGGUGCUAGUCCUGUCUUGCCAUUUGUGUCUCAUGCCAAGUAUUUUGUCAUCCAGUGUUGUAUGAUGUAAUUUUGCCUAUAAAUUGCUUCAGCAUAGAAAUGUGUAUUCUCUACUCACACAAUAAUUUUGGAAUCCAGACUAUUCUAAGACCCAAAAUAAAAAAAAAUUCAAGUGAACGAUUUCUUGGUAUUUUCAUACAGUGGGGAAUAUAUGUGUUCCAACGGAGGCCAGUCACAAGAAAGACUGUCUUCUACUUUAGAGCAACUGACUCUUGGAUUUGUCUGUGCGUCUUUCUUCUUUUCAGAGCAGCUUCUGGUGGGUUGGUUAAAUGUUUUGAGUUGCACAAGAGAAUGGCCAAUGCAGAGAUGGUGCAACAGAACCCCAGUAACCUCGUGAUCUCCACGGGGGGGGGGGAUGAGCAAUUCAGAACUUUUCAGAUGUUUUGGGCUGCAAGUCUCCUCAACUGCUACCAUGACAAAUAACAGGAAAUGGAUGGGAAUUGCAGUCCACCCUGGAAUGUGAAGCUUGUCUAUCCCCCAUCAGUCCUUUGGCAAAAGCCUGAAUAGCAUUUGAAAGGUGUUUCUUGUUAAUAAGAUACUUGCUUUGAUUUAAGGAUAGAGAACCCAUAUUGCUACCUCUGUUCCUCUGACUAGCUGCAGCUCAUUUGGCCACAUAAUGGAUUUAAUUCACUAUAUGCAGUAUUGGGACCUGAUUUGAGGAUUUCAAGGUCAUAGGGAAGGAGAAAUCUGAAAGCAGCAACCAAAGCAAGGAAAAUACACCCUUCCCUUUCAUUCCCAGUAGCAACUUAGCUCCAUAAUACAAUUUGUGCGGCUGUUGGACAUAGUGUAAGGAAAGGAAAGAGGCCACGUACAUAGCCGGGCAAAUCUGUGAGAUGGCCACUGCCCAAAAUUACAUAUGUUGUCCUCUGAUUGUUACUUUCUCGCUGCUUUCAGUAGCUUCUUCCUUUUGUUGGUUGUUUUUGGCCAUUCUCAGAAUAGAUUGAGAAGCUGUACGAAUCCUGAUGUGGAUAUGUUGAACUUUGAUUAAUCCGUUGAACAGCUAAAGUGAUCUUUAGUGGAACAUCAGAUGAGCCAGAUUAUUCUCCAGAUAUAUCACCCAGUGCCAGUACAACCAUUUUUGAGGUAGUUACCCAGUAAAAUAAUGUUUAAAAAAACUUAGUAUAGUUUGAGCAUGCUAGAAAGAGUCCCGGGGCACAAUAUUUUUUAGAAGUGCUCUUCCCAGGUAGGCUAACCAUCUGAACUUCAGUUUUGGAUAGAGAAUCAAAUCAUUCUUUGCUUCCAAACUUGUGUAUCAUUUUUGUACAAUUCAGAACUUAGCAUUAAAAAAAAUAUAUUUUCUAUAAACUGUCUUUCAGUAAAAACGACCCAAUUUUUUUUCAAGUUAAAAUAUUUUCAACACUUUUUUUUUUUAAAGAAAAAAAAACAUUCUGACUUUCUUUUUCCUUUAACUGCCUACAUUUUUAAAGGCAAGUGGUGUUUGUGUUACCACUUUUAAAUGAAGCCUGGAACACGGAUUAGAAUGGGGGACAGGAGGGGCGGGGAUUACAUUAUUGCUCUUAACUCGGUAAUUAACAUUUUACUACCAUCUUAAUUUGCAAACUCAAUUUACUUCUAAAUACUAAACAGCAUUAUGACAGUAGCACAGGGGAGUUACAUUAAUAGAACCAAAUAAAAACCCUGACAUUUUAUUCAGUUAUGUUCUGUGUAACCUAAUCGUAUCUCACUGACAGUAGACAAAGGUAAGCACCAUGUUUUGAAAUGGGCAGAUUACUGAACGAAGGAAGUAAUUCCUGGUAGCAUUUCUUGCUGAUCGAGAUCUCUACUUGGUCAGUCCAUUUGAGGAGGGUUUGUAUGUAUUUGUUGCUCAUGGCUGAUGUAUGACCAAGAAAAGUAAAUGUAUGCAUGAAAGCCUGGGGGACUGUCUGGGGGACCACAAAUAGCCUUGGAAUCCCUGAACUUUUAUUUUUUAAUGUUUGAUGUAUAUCAUGUAUAUGAAAUACGAUU